ACCGUGUGCUCAGCCCGCCUCCCCGCCGCGCCCGGACCCGCGCCGCGCCCCGCUCCCCGCGUCGGCGCCGUCCUCCCGCCUCCUCCUUCUCCAGAAAAAGUCGCCAUUUUGGUUCACUGCCUUCGCCCCCCCGCGGUCGGCGCUUCCGGGCCCAGGCUGCAGCCCGUGUCCGGCCUCAGGUGACAGAGAUGACUGAAUCCUUCUGUGUUGGAGGAGGCCGCCGGCUUCAAGGGUCCAGCAAAGGUGGAUCUGGAAAGGGUGGCAGCCGGAAGGAUGUCCAGCUUCCCAUGUUGCAGGACCCACCAAAGUUGGGUAUGCCAGUGGUUCACAGUGGACAUACAGUGCCUAGCCAGGCCUCACUCUGCUUUGACCCCGGAAACCCAGCCAGCGAUAGGACAGAAGGGAAGAAGAAAGGGAGGCCGAAAGCCGAGAAUCAAGCUCUCCGAGAUAUUCCUUUCUCCCUGAUGAACCAGUGGAAAGAUGAAUUCAAGGCACACUCAAGGGUGAAGUGUCCAAACUCAGGGUGCUGGCUAGAGUUCCCCAGCAUCUACGGGCUCAAGUACCACUAUCAGCGGUGCCAAGGGGUAAGGGGCUGCGGGUCGGGGAAGAGGAAGCCUGGGAGUGCAUCUGGGCAGAGGCCCCCGGGGCCCCAUCCCACACCUGCCCUCCCUGCCCAGGGCGCUAUCUCAGAUAGACUGGCCUUCCCUUGUCCCUUCUGCGAGGCCGCAUUCACCUCCAAGACCCAGCUGGAGAAGCAUCGGAUUUGGAAUCACAUGGACCAUCCUCUGCCUACCCCCAAGCCUGGCCCGGUCAACCGGCCAGUCACCAUCAACCGGCCUGUUGGGGUCAGCAAGCCCAUCGGAGUGAGCAAACCUGUUACUGUUGGCAAGCCAGUGGGAGUCAGCAAACCCAUUGGCAUCAGUAAGCCAGUCACAGUCAGCAGGCCUAUGCCAGUCGCUAAGCCUGUCACAGUCAGUAGGCCCAUGCCAGUUUCUAGGCCUGUGCCAGUCACCAAGCCCAUCCCAAUCACCAAACCUGUGCCACUCACCAAACACAUGCCGGUCACCAAGCUUGUGACAGUUACAAAACCUGUGCCACUCACCAAACCAGUACCAGUCAGCCGGCCCAUUGUGGUCAGCAAACCAGUGCCGGUCAGCAGGCCCAUUGCCAUCAGCAGACACACACCACCCUGCAAAAUGGUAUUGCUGACCAAAUCUGAGAACAAAACACCUCGUGCUACAGGCAAGAACAGCAAUAAGAAAAGGUACAGGAAGUCAUUUGGGGUGGUAAGUUGUCAGAUGUGCCUGGGGGUGGUAAGAGGGCUACUGUGUUCGCCUGGACCUCACCUUACUUAUACUUGCAGGGCUGCAGACAGUUUGGACACCUGCCCCAUCCUGCCCAAGCAGGCAAGGCCAGAGAAUGGGGAGUAUGGCCCAUCCACCAUGGGCCAGAGUGUGACUUUCCAGCUGGGUACAGAUCCCAGCAACAACUCCCUACUGCCAGGAAGCAGGCCCUUGAUGGGCAAAGAGGCACUGCGGCCUGCAGACCCAGCAUCCCAGCCAGAGGAGGACCCCGAGCGCACAAAGCACAGAAGGAAACAGAAAACACCCAAGAAAUUCACAGGGGAGCAGCCAUCUAUCUCAGGGACCUUUGGGCUCAAAGGCCUGGCCAAAGCUGAAGACAAGGCCCGAGUUCAUCGCUCCAAGAAACAAGAAGUAUCAGGCUCCGAGGAAGUGCGGAAGAAGGUGCUGGCCACUACUGUCACUGUCGGCAAGGAGGCACCAGCUCCUGUGGCCCACCCAGCCCCAGGUGGGGGCUGCCUGGCAGGACCCAGGACAGGUGGCCCUGAGGAGCAGUGGCAGCGAGCCAUCCAUGAACGGGGGGAGGCUGUCUGCCCCACCUGCAACGUGGUUACCCGGAAGACCCUCGUGGGGCUCAAAAAGCAUAUGGAAGUAUGUCAUAAGUUGCAGGAAGCACUGAAAUGCCAGCACUGCCGGAAACAGUUCAAGUCCAAGGCUGGCCUCAACUACCACACCAUGGCUGAACACAGUGCCAAGCCCACUGAUGCUGAGGCCUCUGAAGGCGGAGAACAGGAGGAGCGAGAAAGGCUUCGGAAGGUGCUGAAGCAGAUGGGACGGCUACGCUGCCCCCAAGAGGGCUGUGGAGCCGCCUUCUCUAGCCUCAUGGGUUAUCAGUACCACCAGCGGCGCUGUGGGAAGCCACCAUGUGAGGUAGACAGCCCCUCCUUCCCCUGUACCCACUGUGGCAAGACUUACCGAUCCAAGGCUGGCCAUGACUACCAUGUGCGUUCAGAGCACACGGCCCCGCCCCCUGAGGAGCCCACAGACAAGAUCCCUGAGGCUGAGGACCUGCUUGGAGUAGAACGGACCCCAAGUGGUCGCAUCCGUCGCACAUCGGCCCAGGUUGCCGUGUUCCAUCUACAGGAGAUUGCAGAGGAUGAACUGGCCCGUGACUGGACCAAACGGCGCAUGAAGGAUGACCUCGUGCCUGAGACUGCAAGGCUCAACUACACUCGGCCAGGCCUCCCUACACUUAAUCCCCAGCUGCUGGAGGCAUGGAAGAAUGAAGUCAAGGAGAAAGGCCAUGUGAACUGUCCCAAUGAUUGCUGUGAAGCCAUCUACUCCAGUGUGUCCGGCCUCAAGGCCCAUCUUGCCAGCUGCAGCAAGGGGGACCACCUGGUGGGGAAGUACCACUGCCUGCUAUGUCCCAAAGAGUUCAGCUCUGAGAGCGGUGUCAAGUACCACAUCCUUAAGACCCAUGCAGAGAAUUGGUUCCGGACCUCAGCUGAUCCACCUUCCAAACACAAGAGCCAGGACCCCUUGAUGCCUAGGAAAGAGAAGAAGAAAAAUCUGUCAGGAGGAAAGAAGCGGGGCCGCAAACCCAAGGAACGAUCCUCUGAGGAGCCAGCAUCUAAACUGCCACCUAACAGGGAUGACUGGCCCCCAGGAAGCAGAGACAGGGGAGCCCGAGGCUCCACUGGGAGGAAGGCUGGAGCUGGGAAGGCGCCUGAAAAGUGAGCCUGGUGGGCAGGCCUAGCCACCAGGCCCAGCUUUGUUGAGAUUAGGGGAACCAGUUCCAGACUUGUCCUCCACCUCCACACACACACCCAUCUGUCCAGAGGUUGGCAAACCACUCUGAUCUCCCCGAAAGUGGUCCUUCCCCUGUUUAGGUUGCCUCACAUGGCUAGCUGGGGCUCCCCAAGAGUGCCAGGGGCAGUAGCAAAAGUGCAAUAGGCUGGGGGGCCCCAGCCAUCCCUACAAGGACAUUCUUGGACCUGGCAGAAUCUAGAGCCUUGGCACCAUGGGGCACGAAGUGUGCUUGAACAGCCAAAUGGCCCUUAUCUCCACCUUAUCUCCCUCUGGCCCAAUAGGGUCCCUAUUCUGACUCCCUCAAGGCUCAGACAUUCCUGGUGACCCAUACUUGUGGACUGAUGAGGCAUAGGAGCAGCCUGGCUGCCAUCACUUAGGCCUCACCUCCACCCCACACUGGAUCUCCAGUACUCCCAGCUACCUCCCAGGACAGACCCUGUCUAGCUACUGCCAUGCUGCCCUGACAGCCACCCACCCAUCUGUCUUCUUGCAUCCAUUUAUGACCCCCUUGCUUCUGUUUUCUACCUCUCUGGGCCUGCUCCCCUCCUCUGUCAUCCCUGCUGUGCUUCAGGCCUCACCCCGUUGACUGGUGUGGUCAUGGUGGAGUGUGUAGCCUUCCAGGCAAGGAAAGAACUUUGUGUGUUCUACCUUCAGGGAGGUCCAGACCCAUAGCUACCAACCUGAGAGCAAAGGACUAGAGUGCUCCACCUCCAGUCUUUAGUUUCUGAUCUUGUUGGCACCCUGAGGGCUGCCUCCCUCGGGCCACAGCCAUGUGAAGCAGAGCCUGGCCAGAAGGAGCCUCUAGCCCAGGAGUAGCGCCUAUGAGAGACAGCUUAUGUCUACCAUGCUAAGUGGGCCCAUAAGCCAAGUCUUAUGGAAGCCCUCAGUAUCUAGUGGCAAUCAGUCAUUUGAUAUAGAAACUGAAGGAUAAUGAAAAAUGGGGUCUCAGCCAGUGUAGCAGCUCUAGGCUGGGCCCCACCCCUUUAGGGGUCCUGCGGAUAACAGGGUCUGCAGGUUGGGCAAGGCCUGGAAGAGAGAUCUGGCCUCCUUCCUGGUCCUACCCACCCCUCUGAGCCACACUGGAAGAAGGGGAAGGGGUGAGAACAGCUUUUUCCAGUGUGGGUAGGGGUGGACUGAAGCCUCUGCUUCUGAUCCUGGACGAUGUGAAUUUUGAUAUUUGCCUGUGUGUGUCUCCCGGAUGUUGUUGAUGCCAGUCUUGUUGCUGUGACAAGUAGCAACCUUUUUUAAAAUUCUUUUUUUUAAAUAUACAUACAUAUACAUACAUACAUAUAUAUAUAUGUAUGUAUAUAUGUAUCAACAAUUUUAUGUUUUGGUGCUAAGGGUUUCCUGGUGCCAAAGGUAGAGCUGGGCUGUAGUACUGACUGGCACCUGCCCCCCAGCCUCAAGGGGGAGGGAUUCACAGGAGAUUUGGCAUGGAGUCCUUGUACACUCCUGUCUAGGAUUGUUCUGACUCUGGGCAACCCUAGCAUUAUAUGCAGGAGGUGUUGAAUGAACUAAUGAACUCUUUAAUUCCUACACACCUUUGACAUGAUCAGAGGGUGGCCACAGAGAUGGGUAAGAUCCAGUGUCAAAGUUCAAAGGGUAGGCUGGGACGUUUGGGUGGUGGUGUGCAAUUGUGGAAGGGAAUGGGGCCCAAGUGCACUUUCAAAACACCUCUGUGGGGUGUGACCAUCCACCCCAGCCUCUCAGGUACUAAGCACUUGUCAGAAGAAGGGCCUAAGUUUGCUGGGGGCUGAGUUUCCAGGACAUGGCUCAAGGCCCAGAUGUAGGCCUUGAUAUGGGACUUGGGGGUUCUAUUACUUGAUGUUUAGCACUUUAACUCCUUUGUCUUUGAGGUGGGUGUGGGGGCAGCUGUCAAAAGUGACAGUUGGAUAGGUGCCAGCUGGUGGUGGCUGGUAAGGGGUUUUGGCAAGCUAGUCUGUAAAGCACUUCCAAGGUGUUAAGGCCCUCCCUGGGCACCUCCCUACUCUGGCCCAAAGGUGACCACCAGCCUACAAAAAGAGGAACCAUCAUGACAGAUCUCCAGGAGGGGUGGGCUUGGCCCAAACAAACCCUGGGUCCUUGGCAAAAUGCAAAAGUCAGGGUCUCUACAGAUCUACCUCUGGCUCAGCGCUUGCCCUGCCCUAAAAAACCAGAAAAGUGCCAAGGGCAGACAUUUCAUGCAGAACCAGGGUGCACUUUAUGUUCCUGCACAGGCAGAUAUUGGUGCCUCCUGGGGCCUUUGGGGCCUUCCUGUCCCUAUGGUGGUUCUGAGGGGAGAGUUUUUCCUGUGUUCCCCUGUUGGGUGGAACACAGGCUCUUUGCCCUGGAGACCUGGUUUCCCAGGUCACCCCUCAUACCUGACUGCAGCGCCUCCUAAACUUUGGGUUCCUUGGUUUGGUUUUAAUGCAGUUCUCAUUACACAAGUGCAUUUCUGGCUAUCACUUGUAACCAUAGAUAUACAUGCAUAUAUAUUCUAUCUACAAAGUGUUUUAUUUGCAAGAUGUUUUGAGGUGAGCUUGGGUCCUGCCCGCCUUGUGAUCAUCUGUCCCCAUCCUCAUCCCCUGGCCCGGAGUGGUGCGGUGGUGGGCCAUCAACUGUAUGUAUUAAAAUUACUGUAUCAAAUAAAUGUUUAUUGAUUUCUUUUU